AUGUCUUCUGGAGGAAAUUUGCCAGGAGGAGGACAUGGUGGUUAUUGGUCCACCUUUGAUGGAAACAACUUCAACAAUGGCAAUCGGAAACGAAGCAGGAACAACUAUUAUCACAGGAAUUAUAACAUUCAUAAUAACUACAGGGCAGAACAUGGUGGCAAUUCUAAUUUUCACAACUUUGAUCGUGCUAAGUAUGAUGCCGUGCAGUCAUCUUUGAAAAGGAGAAAGUAUUCAUCUCUUACUUGGGAAGGAGGCCGGUAUCUUCCAUUCAUUCUCCAAGACAAAAUCCCUUCAUUCAUUAGCUUUCAAGCACCACCCACAAGAUCCAAUGGUGAUACCUCUAUAUCACCUAUCUGCAAGCUUGAUUGUUCUAUAGACAAUGAGCAAGUGUUUAUGUCAAGGGAUGAGAUUGAUAGAUGUUCUCCAUCAAGAAGAGAUGGUAUUGAUGUUCUUCACGAGACACACUUGCGCUACACCUACUGUGCCUUCCUUCAGAGUCUUGGAAUGCGGCUUGUCUUGCCUCAAACUACCACUGGGACUGCCAUGGUUCUGUGCCACCGUUUUUUCGUUCGACGAUCACAUGCUUGCCAUGACAGAUUUCUGAUUGCUACUGCUGCCCUUUUUCUUGCUGGAAAGUCAGAGGAAACGCCACGUCCUUUGAACAACGUGUUGCGAGCGUCCAGUGAAAUCUUACAUCAACAAGAUUUUACUUUAUUGUUUUAUCUGCUUCCUAUUGAUUGGUUUGAAAAGUUUCAUGACUGGGUUCUUGAGGCUGAGUUCUUGUUGCUUACUACACUAAAUUUUGAACUCAAUGUGAAGCAUCCGUAUGCAUCUCUUAUAUCUGUCCUUGGCAAAUUAGGCCCAUCAAAUACUGUUUUGGUGAAUCUGGCAUUAAACUUGGUCAGCGAAGGGCUUCGGAGUUCUUUGUGGCUUCAGUUUAAACCCGUUCAUAUUGCUGCUGGAGCUGCAUAUCUUGCUUCAAAGUUUCUGAACAUUGAUCUUAAUGCUUAUCAGAAUAUCUGGCAAGAGUUUGAGGCAACACCAUCCAUUCUUUUGGAUGUCUCGCACCAGUUAAUGGAGCUCUUUUAA